AUGGAAAUUAUUAAAUUCGAUGAAGAUUCAACACAAAUAUCGCGAUUAUUUUUAAUGUGUAUUUAUUAUGCUGCUAAAGAUGGAAUGGCUAUUAUUCUUUAUAAUCUUCUUAAUAGUAAAGAUUCCAAGAUGAUUAAUGCUAUAAUCAACCAAAAAGUAUUAUACGAUAGUGGACAAUAUUGUACACUCUUAAUAAUAGCAGCACGAUAUGGUCGUGAUAAAGUAGUUAAAAUAUUGCUCGAUAAAUUUAAACCUGACUUGGAACAAGAAGGAACAGUUAGAUUUGAUGAUGGAUAUAGUAUUGAAAAUGCAACUGCUUUAUGGUGCGCUGCUGCAGCAGGACAUUUGACAGUUGUAAAAAUAUUAGUAAAGGCUGGUGCUAAUGUUGAUCAUCGUACUAAAAAUCUAUCUACUCCAUUGCGAGCAGCUUGCUUUAAUGGACGAUUAGACAUAGUUAAAUAUUUAAUAGAACAUAAUGCAGAUAUAAAUAUUUUGUACGAGUUUAAUAAUACAUGUUUAAUGAUUGCUGCAUAUAAGGGUCAUUUAGACAUAGUAACAUUUCUUUUACAAAAAGGUGCAAAUCCAAAUGAAAAAACAAAUUGUGAUACUACUGCAUUACAUUUAGCAGCUGAACAUGGACAUACUACUAUAGUAUCUGAGUUAUUGACAUAUGGAGCAGAUAUAUCAAAAAAUGUUAGUGGAAUGACACCAUUAAUAACAGCAGCAGAACGAACUAGAGCUGAAGUUGUAGAAUAUCUAAUAAAACAUGUCAGGGUUAGCAGAGAGGAAACCAUUGAUGCAUAUGAACUUCUUGGUGCUUCUUAUGCUAAUGAUGAACGCAACUAUUGUUUAACAAAAGCAUAUAAAUAUUUAUGGAAAGCAAUGAAAGAUAGAUUCAGAGAUCCAGAAAAUAUUAUUUAUAAAAAGUUAGGUAAAAGUAUAAAAGCAUAUGAUAAUUGGCAAGAAUGUCAAACUUUGGAAGCAUUGAAAAAUAUUAGAAAUAAUCAAAAUGCUAUUCAUAUGGAGUCACUGGCUAUUCGAGAGAGGAUACUAGGACAGCAUAAUCCGAAGGUACCACACCAUAUUAUAUUCAGAGGAGCAGUUUUAGCAGACAGUGCUAGAUUUGAUAGAUGUAUAGAUCUUUGGCUUCAUGCUUUAUAUUUGAAACAAUUAAACAAUAUACCAGUUGUAAAAGAUCUUUUAAGGUUUGCACAGGUAUUUUCUCAAAUGAUACAUGUAGGAGUAGAUCUUGAUUUUCCCCAAGUUUUGAAUGUCUUAGAAGCCUGUGUAACAGGCCUUACACAUUAUAAAUCUAAAAUCAAUAACCCUGAUUCUGAAAAAGAUAUUGAACAAUAUAUUUGGGAGAUGGAAUCUACUAUUAUAAUUACAUUGUACAUAUUAACGAUAUUAACGAAACUUUUAACACUGAACGAGAGUAGAUAUGAAGAACAAGAUAAAAAUAAGGCAUAUCAUUUAGUUCAUAAACUCUGUGCUUUGGAAUUACGUUUAGGAGAUGGCCAGACACUACUGCAUCUUGCUGUAAAUGCUGCCACUCCCAUAGAUGGUUUUCAUACUAAUCAUGUUUGCAAAUUUCCUUGUGCUGGAACGGCUAAGCUACUUAUACGUUGUGGUGCUGAUGUAAAUGCAAUGGACAAUGAAAGAAAUACACCAUUACAUGUUAUUGUUAGUUAUGGAGAACCUAUUAGCGAUUUUAUGACUCUUCAUUCCAUUAUCAUGGGACUUAUAGAUGCUGGAGCACAUAUGGAUACAGUAAAUAGUGAAGGCAAAACUCCAUAUGAUGCUGUUACUACAGGUGUAGCAGAAAUAAUACUAAGAUCUCAAACAAAAUUAUCAUUAAAAUGUAUGGCUGCAAAAGUAGUAAAUACUUAUAAUUUGUCAUACUGUGGAAACGUACCACGUUCUUUGGAAAGUUUUAUUGAACUUCAUGGACCAGGUCUCAAUCAGGGUUAA